CACAAACUAAAAUAAGAGAGUCAUCAUCUAUUAUCGUUUCUUUCUCUUUCCGUCUUGUUCUUCUUCGACCCACCUAACCAACAGUCCAACACACACACACACGAACACACCACUUGUGGUGGUGGUCGAACCAAACCGGCAAAAACCUAAGCUCCACCUUUUCCAUAUUUACCAUUUAGCCCCUCCCCUUCCCCUUCCCCUCCCACCAUGCUCUUCAAUUUCAAUGUUGCUGCGAGGAAAUACGGGGAAGCGGACAAAGUUUUGCUAUGUUCCAAUUCGUACCAGAUGUGCGGUUGAUACGCCCUACGGAGGUAACGUUCAAAAGUUCCCUCGGCGUAGCGUUUGGGAUCCUUACAAACGCCUUGGUAUUAGUCGAGAUGCAUCUGAAGAAGAGAUUUGGGGAUCAAGAAAUUUUCUGUUGCAGCAAUAUUCUGGACAUGAGGCCAGUGAAGAGUCAAUCGAGGCUGCUUUUGAAAAACUAUUGAUGGCUAGUUUCAAACAGAGGAAGAAAACAAAAAUCAACUUGAAAAGCAGGUUGAAGAAGAAAGUAGAGGAGUCUCCACCAUGGGUUAAGAACUUGCUCAAUUUUGUUGAGCUUCCACCAACUGAAGUCAUCCUCAGAAGAUUAUUUCUCUUCGCCUUCAUGGGUGCUUGGAGUAUUAUGAAUUCUGCUGAAACGGGACCUGCUUUUCAGGUCGCAAUCUCUUUGGCUGCUUGCAUAUAUUUUCUCAAUGAAAAGACAAAGAGCUUGGGUAGAGCCUGCAUUAUUGGGUUUGGGGCCCUAGUGGGCGGAUGGAUUUCUGGUUCAUUGGCGGUACCCAACAUUCCGUCUAUGUUGCUGCGCCCAACCUGGACACUCGAACUCUUAACAUCGUUAUUCGUUUACUUGUUCUUGUUCCUCGCCUGUACUUUCCUCAAGUGAAGUGGAGAUAAUUCUUACAAAGCUUCAGUCAGUGUCUUGCACUCUUUAAUGAGUUGCUAGGUGAUCAAAACUUGGGUUUCUGAGUGUGCUUAUCAAAGCAAGAGUUUGACUAGGCGGUUGUUAGCAUAGAUAUUUUUUAGACCUUGAUUCUUUGCUUAAAGUUCUGGUUAUGUUCUGGAAUCAUGUUUUGUUCUUUCUAUUAAUUUUGAGAGUAUAGUAAUAUCCGAAUCUGUUUAAUGAAUCCAAAAGUAACUUUUGUUGUUAAGACUUAAAAGAGGCUUUCUUUUA